AAGAAGAAGUCUCUCUCCGUCUCCUCCCUUCUCCUCCGUCUCAGAAACAAGGCAUCCCCAGGCGCCAUGAUCUCUCUGAGUCCCUCGUCGUUUCUGAACAAGACGGUUGUUCCUGGAUGUUCCACACACCUCUUUCUGCGCCAGCCUAGAACUCUAAUUACCCCUCCUGCUUCCUUGAGAGUGUUUUCCUCUCUCGGAUCUAACCGGGAUCCCAACGGCAGCCUUCUGAUUGAGACCACUGCCACUUCAUCCUCCUCUCUCGAGACCUCCGCCGCCGACAUUGUUCCCAAAUCCACCGUAUCUGGUGGAGUUCAGGAUGUCUACGGCGAGGAUGCUGCCACCGAGGACAUGCCUAUCACUCCUUGGUCUCUCUCUGUCGCCAGUGGGUAUACGUUGCUGCGUGAUCCACAUCACAACAAAGGCCUUGCCUUUAGCCACAGGGAGCGUGACGCUCACUAUCUACGCGGCCUCCUCCCCCCCACUGUUAUCUCCCAAGAUCUUCAGGUUAAAAAAAUGAUGCACACUCUUCGUCAGUAUCAAGUUCCCUUGCAGAGGUAUAUGGCUAUGAUGGAUCUCCAGGAGACCAACGAGAGGCUCUUUUACAAGCUUCUCAUUGAUCACGUCGAGGAGUUGCUACCAGUUGUCUAUACUCCAACGGUCGGGGAAGCCUGCCAGAAGUAUGGUAGCAUUUUCCUGCGCCCACAGGGGCUUUUUAUCAGCUUGAAAGAAAAAGGCAAGAUCCAUGAAGUGCUGAGGAACUGGCCUGAGAAGAACAUUCAGGUCAUUGUUGUCACUGAUGGGGAGCGCAUUUUAGGGUUAGGAGAUCUUGGAUGUCAGGGAAUGGGAAUACCAGUUGGGAAACUUUCUCUCUAUACAGCCCUUGGAGGUGUCCGGCCAUCUGCCUGUCUGCCCGUAACAAUCGAUGUUGGGACAAACAACGAAAAGCUAUUGAACGAUGAGUUCUACAUAGGACUCCGUCAAAGGAGAGCUACAGGAGAGGAAUACUCUGAACUUAUGCAUGAAUUCAUGACAGCAGUCAAGCAGAACUAUGGGGAGAAAGUUGUUAUUCAGUUUGAAGACUUUGCCAACCAUAAUGCUUUUGAUCUGUUAGCUAAGUAUGGUACAACACAUCUUGUUUUCAAUGACGAUAUUCAGGGAACAGCAUCAGUUGUGCUUGCGGGACUUAUUGCUGCUCUUAGAUUUGUGGGGGGUUCCUUGUCAAACCACAGAUUCCUCUUCCUUGGUGCUGGAGAGGCAGGCACCGGAAUAGCUGAACUAAUUGCUCUUGAGAUUUCAAAGAAGUCCCAUAUUCCAUUGGAAGAGGCUCGGAAGAAUAUUUGGCUCGUGGAUUCGAAGGGAUUGAUUGUCAGUUCCCGGAAAGAAUCCAUUCAACAUUUCAAAAAGCCCUGGGCUCAUGACCAUGAACCGAUAAGGGAACUUGUUGAUGCCGUCAAGGCAAUCAAGCCGACAGUUCUGAUCGGAACAUCGGGAGUAGGUCAAACAUUCACUCAAGACGUUGUGGAAACCAUGGCAGAGCUAAAUGAGAAACCCAUCAUUCUCUCUCUUUCAAACCCAACUUCUCAGUCAGAAUGUACGGCGGAACAGGCCUAUACGUGGAGUCAGGGACGGGCGAUCUUUGCUAGUGGAAGCCCAUUUGCGCCAGUAGAGUAUGAGGGAAAGACGUUUGUGCCUGGACAGGCGAACAAUGCAUACAUCUUUCCUGGGUUUGGACUGGGGCUAAUAAUGUCAGGGACCAUCCGAGUCCAUGAUGACAUGCUUUUGGCCGCGUCAGAAGCUUUGGCUGAGGAACUGAUGGAGGAACACUAUGAGAAGGGGAUGAUAUACCCUCCCUUCAGGAAUAUCAGAAAAAUCUCGGCUCGUAUUGCAGCUAAGGUGGCUGCCAAGGCCUAUGAACUGGGACUGGCCACGAGGUUGCCUCAGCCCAAGGAGCUGGAGCAGUGUGCUGAGAGCAGCAUGUACAGCCCUUCUUAUCGAAGCUACCGCUGAGGAUAAGCUUAAUCUCUCAUUUGUUAUGUCUCAUACGACUCGCAUGGCCAUUUCUCUCCUCUCAUAUUCUUUCACCUUCCUCUUUGCAUGAGAUUUUUUGUUUGUUUGUUUGUCAGCAUCUGAAAAUCUGUGUUGUAAUCACUGUUUCCUUUGUUUCCUGCUGUUUCUUUUCAAGUCCAUAAUAAUCCUAAGAAAUUUGU